GCCGCUCGCCCGCCGGCAGCUCCCGCCCGGCGGAGGGGGGCGCGGAGGGCUCUCCCCGCCAUGGCCUUCACCUUCGCCGCCUUCUGCUACAUGCUGUCGCUGGUGCUGUGCGCCGCCCUCAUCUUCUUCGCCAUCUGGCAUAUAAUUGCCUUCGAUGAGCUUCGGACAGACUUCAAGAGCCCCAUCGACCAGUGCAACCCAGCCCAUGCAAGGGAGAGGCUGAGGAAUAUCGAGCGGAUUUGCUUCCUCCUGCGAAAGCUGGUGCUGCCGGAGUACUCCAUCCACAGUCUUUUCUGCAUAAUGUUUUUAUGUGCUCAGGAGUGGCUCACGCUGGGGUUAAAUGUUCCUUUGCUUUUUUAUCACUUCUGGAGGUAUUUUCGUUGCCCAGCAGACAGCUCAGAGCUGGCCUAUGAUCCACCUGCAGUCAUGAACGCAGACACCUUGAGUUACUGCCAGAAAGAGGCCUGGUGUAAGCUGGCCUUCUACCUCCUUUCCUUCUUCUACUAUCUCUACUGCAUGAUCUACACUCUGGUGAGCUCUUAACUGAAAGAUCAUCACUAAGGACUGAAAACAACAAAGGCUGGACGUGCAAGGACGAGUGAACCAAGAGAUGCAUGAUUAAAAACAGCAAAGAGGAAAACUUUGAACCCCAGCAGUAAAUACGGUACAUGAAAGAGAGAUCCAGCAAAGAGAAGCAGAAUACCAUGGGAGAAUGGCUGAGUUAAUUGUUUGUCUCCUGUUUCUCAAUGUAUUGCAGCAAAUCAUUUUCAAAACCCAAGCAAACAAAAAAAAAUUGCAACAACCUGGACCAAAUUUUACAACUAUUCACCUUUCCAGGGAUAAUGCUGCUUGGUUUAGUGGAUUCAUUAAAACUAUAAUGCCUGUAGUCCCUGCUGUCUUCCAGGAAGCAACAUUCCUUUUCUUAAGGACUAUUCUGGACUGAGGAAGCACAGGACAAGAUGAUCUUACACGGAAAGAAGAGCUGUACAACAUUCUGAAAACAAGCAGUGAGUGGACUUUGGAUGGAUAUGUGACUGAACUGCAGGGCUGUUCUCAUGACACUAGUCAAACAGGGAUGUCAAGUCUCAUGGAACUGCUUCAGUGGUUUUGGUUUGUUGGGUUUUUUUUCCCCCACCAAAACAACAAUACCAAAAGAAUUUGCAGUUUCAGUGUUCUGUAUUCUAACUAUAUGCUAUUCCUGCAGGUGAACAUCCAGUAUAUUUCUGUACUUCAUUUGUGAUGCACCAACACCAUUCAGUGAGAUGUAGAAAUACAUUGGGUUUAACCUAAUCAGGCCAAGCAUUUAUCAGAAUAGUGUUCCUCUGACUGAAAAAACAAACCCAAACCAGGUAAAAGCUGCAUAUAUUUAAAGAGGAUUGUAACAUAGCUAUUAUAUUUAUCACAAUGCUGGAUAGCAAAUACUGGACCAGCUAAUUGUGGUCUGUAAUUCUGUUUUGAAGUUUUACUUCUGCUGUAAAAUUUAAGCUGGAACAAAUACACAAAAUGUCUUUGUCUUGUAUGAGGUUCCUAUUGAAAGAUGUUCAGUUUUUUUAUAAUUUAAAGGUUUUAAAAUUUUGUCAUAGAAUUCUCAUUUGAAUUCAUUUAUAUGGGAUGCAUAUCUUUAUACAUAUAUAUGUAUAUAUAAAUACAUAUCUGCAUAAAUACUCACAAUCUAUUUACAUUUUAGGUCCAUCUGUUUGCCAGGUCAAAGGCAUCAAGUGUCCAGAACUGCUGCUAAAUAUAUUUCAGUGCUGAUCCAGGUGAACCCAGACUCAUUCCCUCAAAGUCACUGGUGCUGUGGGUAGUAGCAAGGCUGUAAACUCGAGACUAACACCAGAGCCUUCACAGACACUGCUUAGCUCUUGCAUAAGGUGGGUUUCUACCAGAGAUUGGCAGAGAACAGUGUGGAGAGGCCCAUCUGGCUUGUUCACAGCUGGUCCUGUUAGCAGGAGCUCCCUGGUCACCACCUUUGGUCUGGCUACUGAGAGCCAGCAGAAUGAUCCUGAACCAAGCUCUGAGGUGUUUUCAGGCUGGGCACAGCAGCUCAGCUGGAGAGAUGCAGUCUCACCAUGGCUGCUGAGUCAUCCCAUGUCUGGCAUGUUCCCUGUGGAGCUGGAGUUACUGUGUGCCUGCAGUGCCAGGACUCACUCUGGUUUGGUCUGUGCAGUAACAAAAUUAAAUCCUGUUAACCAGCAAAGCACAGUGGCUGCAUAAUAACUCUGCUCCUGGACCGUGCCAGCUCCCAAAUCCUGCCUGGGCAUUGCUUGGAAUGGGGCUAGCUGGCCUGUGCAAGCAUUAUUAUACUGGGAUCAUUCUAACAAUAUUUAUAUGAAGUUGUCCCAAGGGCUGACAUUCUUUAAUUUACAGUAGUUUGUUUUUAUUGGAUGCAUUUUAUCUUCAUACAAUGUAGUAUACCCAGUUCUAGAAGCAUAAGGCUGCCAAAUCAGAUGUUGGGAAGCUGAUUUGGAUUCUGAUGGUUCAUAGGUUUGGAUUGCACCCACCACAGAGGUGGCUGAACUGCUCUUGCAAUCACACUGACCCUGCUGGCAAUACAGAAAUGUUCUCUUGGAAUGGGCCUUAGCUAAGGAAUUUCACUGCACUGAUACAGAGCUAACUGAUGGAGCCCUGCUGCAGAGGAAUAAUUAAUGCACAACCCAUGAAAAGCUGAUGGUUGUUUGUAACUGAAUUUCAUCUCUGCAUCCUGACUAAAUCAUCCAGUUCUACAGCAGUAUAGGAACCAGAUUCACAGGAACAAGUCACAGUGAAUAACUUGUAGAUGUCUUGCUACCUCAUAAAACUUUCAUCUCUGAGCUCUGAGCAGGUGACUGAAUCGUUCCAUGCAUCUUCUAGGAUUUCACAGGAGAUGAAAUGAAAUUACUUCAGGUUCCCUAUAGUCCAAAUACAUGUUUUCAAGUCAGUUUCAUUGAAAGGCUUGGAAUUUUGUGAGGUUGGAUGGGUGAAAGUAUGAUUGCUUCUUGCCUGAAAACACACAGUUUUCAGAUCCUGAGGUUCAGGGAUGAGCUGGACUGGUCUGAGGUCAAUUAUUUGCCUGCAGGGCUGAGUAGAAGCUCUGUGAGUUUUUGUAACUGGCCUUGGGCUGUAAUUCUUGACUUUGCACAAAAAGCAGUUGUUUAUGUGGGUCUUCUGAAUGUAACCUCAGGGGACUUCAAGGUCUGCAGUGGAUGUGCUCGGUCAUUUGAAAGAGGUUCUCUAUUGCAGGCAACUUCAUCAAUACACUUACCAAACUCCACUGGAAAGCAGAACACUUCAUUUGGUCCUACUACUGCUUUGAGUGAGUGUUUCCAGGAUUUCACUGUUCUGGUACUUGAUUUUUUUUUUUUUUUUUUUUUUUUUUUUUUUUUUUUUUGCGUUUCCAGAAUAAAUUUAUUCUUAGAUAAUUUAUUCCACUUGCUUUUGAGCCAACAUUAGCCUGAGUACACUUAUCUCUCAUGCUGCUUAAGAUUUCAAUAUAUAGAAAAAGAAGUCCUUUUCACCCUCCAUUCUGUUAAAAGUGAGCUGUCUCCUGUCCUCCCAUAGGAAACUCCAUUCUCCAUGUCUUCUUUAAAGGGUUUCUCUGUUGUCUUUCCAGUCAAAUUAAUCUUUCUUAAGAGUGAAUAAUCACAAUUCUUCAGAGUAUUCUGGAGAGUGUCUUACUCUAAUUAGUCCUUGCUGUGAGUGGACAAUGAAAGCUAACAGUCUCAGUUCUUUCCAAUAAAACUUAUUCAAAAAAGUAAUCACACAGCUCUCAAUAGCAUUUUGUGUCUCUUUGAUAUAAAUCUUAAAGCUGAUGGAAAAACUGAUUAUGUUCCCUUUCAUUGAAUUUUGUCUGCAGAGCCAGGAGUUGGACUUGAUGAUCCUUGUGGGUCCCUUCCAGCUCAGGAGAUUCUGUGAUCCUGCUUUAACCAAAGCCAGGGAAGAAUAGAAAAGAAUAGUGUGAUCUUUGAUCACAAGGAAGUGUCCUCCCCAUGUCAAACUUUUGAGGGAGAAAUAAUCUGUGCUAUCCUUUUUGUCUCCAGUUCCUCCUUGUUGGUUAGUGGAGGCUGGAGAUUUCCUCUGCAAGCCUACUUUCUUCCUGUCUCUUUCCCCAGAAGGCUGGAUGUCAUUAUUUAGGAGCAGAGUUCUCUUCUCUCACAGCAAGAAGAAUCUUCUGGGACUUAGUUGAUGAUAAAUCCCAGAAGACACAAGAAAACACAUCAUCACCCUUUGCUCCUUCUGGAGCAGAUGUGAAAUGAACAUGUUCUUAAAUGAGUAUUCAUUUUCCUCAGCUCCACUAUCUGUGAAGUGAAAGAGGUGAUACUUACCUUGUGAACUCUUCCCAUACAUGUUGUACUCUCUUUUUUUUUCCUUUUUCUAGUAACUAUUGCAUCUGCUUAAAAGAAAAAGGUAAGAGGUGGAAAAUAUGGGAGAGGAUGAGACUUGGAUGAGCUGCUUACCAAAGAGGCAUCUACGCAGUGUGCUGGCCUUUAGCUGUUCCUGGAAGGGAUGAAAAGCAAGGUCUCCUAUUUAUAGUCAGGUAAUUGCAGUGAUGCUGAAUAAAAUUGUUGCUGCUCUGACUGUUUCAGUUUCAAGCACAGCAAAUCAGUGCUGAUAGCAGAAUGCUUCGCCUACAAAUAAUUAACUGUACUUAAGCUGUCAGAAAUGUUUUUCCAUCUGCUUCCUUGAGCCAUAUUCUUCCUUUUGCACUAAGCCCCUCGAAGAGAAAGAAAAAGUUCUUCAACCUACACCUUACAGAAACUGCUCUGAGGUUGUUAUGAUCUGGCAAUGCUGUUGGGGUCAUGAGUAAUCCUACAUUGUUAGCAAGGGUAUUAGCAAUCUGUUGCUUUCCCUUUCUUCAUUCCAUCUCCACAGAGGUAUUUUUGCCAAAAAAAAAAAG